AUGGUUGAUCGUAAGAAUAUAGGUGAGUCUGUGGCUGUGAAACAGAUAAUGGAUUUAGGUUUUAAAUUUUUCUUUGAGUCGGUGCCUAGGUGUAUUUUGGAGUUAUGUCGAAAGUUUUAUUUGAGGUUGAAGAAGGUAGACACAGAUCUUAUGAUAUUAAGGACCACAGUACGUGGUGUUACUUCUUCAGUGCCUGUUACACCUACUUUGGUAUCUGAGCCACUACUUGUAUCUAUGACUAAGCCUCGUGAUCCAGUAUAUGAGAUGGAAAGUAAAGAGGAACAGGCCAAGUCUGAGUUUGAUAUGGAUGACGAUGGAUACUCUGAGUAG